AACAUAGUAGUCCUUGAAAUUUGUCUCUUGAGAAAAAAUGUCGAUUUCUCGCAAAUAGGUUACCAAAAUGAGCAAAAAACAAUCUUCCUCUAAUAAACCACUUAAGAGGAGUCGCUCGAAAUCCUCCUGUGAUGAGCCGGUCCAAAAGCAGAAAUGUAAGCCAAUAAAAGCAGCUACUAAACAGGCAGAUGACAAAGCCGGUAAAAACGGGGCAUCCAUCAAAGGUCAAAGAUGUAACAAAAGUAAAAUAAUUGCAGAAGAUAAGCCGUCUCAGUUGCCCAGACGCUCAAAUCGCAAAACAUCACAGCAUUUGACUGAGGCGUGCGUAAAAACUGAAACUCGAAAGAAAAAGCGUCAUUCCACAGACGUAUCUGUUGGGCAGCAACUGAAGAAGCAAGAAGCUCAACAAUCAGCUGCAGCUCAAUCAACAAAGCCAGUACAACCAAGACGUUCAUAUCGCAAAAUAGCAAAGACAGGAGAGAAUCAAAAUGACAGCAAAACAAAAACCAAGAAAGAUAUUUCAGACUGCCAAGCGAAAGAACCCCCGAAAAUUGAUCGACCGAAGACUACAACACCGAGAACUUCAUGUCGCAGAUCUAUGACGAAGGCCUUAGCACACGAGAGUCAAAAACUUCAGAGCGAUAACAAAGUAAAGACAAAUGUGGUUUCUGCUGCUAAACCCGAGGAGAAUGCUACUGUAGAUCAGCCAAAGUGCUCGGUACCAGCAAAGCGCUCAUAUCGCAGAUUAUCGCAGCUGCCGACGACACCAUCUGCGAAUCCAAUCCUUCAAGGUGAUGUUAAUCAAAAACAAAUCAGUGAAGUCAAGGAGGUUCUAGCUGAGCAGAAACUGAAAACUAAAAUCAAAAUUGAUUCGGUGCAACUUUCAGAAGUUCAAUCCGCAGGGCUUCAAUCAACAAAUAAUUCACAUGCGAAACCAACGAGCAAAGCUCCAAGUAUUCCAAGCAAUAAGACCCAAGAAAUUGCUGUCACUCAUAAGCCGGGUAACAAUGCAUUGUCUAAGUUUUCUAAAAUAGAUUCGGUGCAAUUACCGGAAGUACAAUCCGCAGGGCUUCAAUCAACAAAUCAUUCACAACCGAAAUCAAUACAGUUGACGCCGAAACCAACGAGCAAAGCUCCAAGUAUUCCAAGCAAUAAGACCCCAGAAAUUGCUGUCACUCAUAUGCCGGAGACUCCACCACUUGCAGAUAUUAAAGCACCAGCACAACAAACACAAACAACGGAGCAAACAAAACUGCCUAGUCGAAGACCAUCGCAGUAUUUGACGGUAUCACAGUACAUGGAUCAACGCCUUCAAAACAAUGUCUGUCGAACACAAACGCGAGAUACCAACGAUAGUUCAAGUUCUAAUCUUACGAGUAAUACUGCUAUUGUUUCAGAGCCCCAGUCACCAGUGCUUCAAUCUCAAGCAACUCAGUUGACCGCAGUUCCAUCGUCUGAAGUUACAACGACAAGGCAACCAUAUCGUCGACCAUCGCUGUAUACUGUAGCGACACCGAGCGAUCCACAAGUUUUACGGAGUGAUAACAACCAAAAGCAAAGAUGCCAGUCAAUUGACUUGACUGUUGCUCAGCCGCCGAGCAACAAGCCCGGUAGUCAACCGUUGGGUCAUCCAUCAACCAAGAGAUCAUAUGGUCCACCAAGUCAGCUUAUAUCGGGAGCCGAUCUAGAUACUAAACAUGUUUUGUACAUUCGGGAUUUGAGUGUUGAUAUUGUACAUCACCAGGUUUUCGAACUCUUCAGUUCGUUUGGCAAUUUGAAGCGCGUCUAUGUACUCCAACGUUCCGAGAGGUACAAGUAUGCUAUGAUGUUUUACCUAACCGAGAAGUCCUUGACCCGGGUCCUGACUGCCAAUCCACACAAACUGAAUGGCAAGGCAUACUUUUGCCACAAGGCUGGCCCAUGGCACCUCGGGCACUUCAAGUGCGACAGGCUGUUAUCUGAAUGCAUCAAUAGAACCAGCUUUAGAGAUCGAUUUCUGAUGCGAUUACCAUAUGGCGUGAAUAUUCGCACAUAUCUAUACGAAUCACAUGUCAGCUCGAAUCAGGCGAACAGCAUUGCUGAUCCAGAUUUGCUAAAAAAAUCCGCCUUGCUGCCGCCAACAUCGUUGGCCCUGUUGCAUUAUCUACGCAAGAAACAGUCCAUACCAAAAGCCACCAGCAAAACGAAACAGCCGCCACCGAAUACCUAUGAAAAGCAACUCUUUGCUGGCAUGGGCAAAAACUACAAGUUUGAGCGUCACAGCUACACAAAUUUCGUGGCCUACCAGAAGCAGCCCGGUCACUACGAAACGGUGCCCACCGACUAUAAAGUGGGACUGACAGCUCUGGCUUAUGCAGAUCUACGGGAUAAGCCGGAGCUAAUAUCAUUUUUUUAUCACUGAUAAAGCAAAAGAGUAUUUGUAUAUAACAGGGGAAGAAGCAAAUGGGCUUUGUUAAUCUC